CGAGGCGUCUCCCCUCACGCAGAUCGCAUUGCUUGCUUUAUCGGAACGACGAGAAAAUAAUAAAGAGUGAGAAAGAAUGGCGCUACCACCUACCGAGAUCAACCCUGAGAUGCUGAACAAACUCCUGAAGAAGUUUGGCGUUGCCGGCUGUAAAUAUGUGGACGUAUUGGGUUUUGAACCAGAUCACCUAAAAACCUUUACCACACCAGUUUGUGCUGUAGUGCUCACCUUCCCACUAACACCAAAGAUUGAAGAGUUCCGCAAAAAAAAAGCAGAGGAACAGAAGGCCAAAAACUUGAGCGCUGAAGUGUUUUACUUGAAGCAGACAAUUGAAAACUCUAGUGGACUUGUUGCUUUGAUUCACACUGUAGCCAACAACAAGGCUUUUGUGACUUUUGCUAAGGAUUCUUCACUGAAGGCCUAUAUUGAUAAGGCUGCUGCUGUCUCACCUGAGGAAAAAGGCAAGCUGUUGGAGAAAAAUGAGCCAUUGUUGUCAGCUUACAAGGCUGUUGCAGCUGAGGGCUUUGUCAGGCCUGCUGGAGGUGAACACUGCAAUGUGCUGGUGCUGGUUGGUGUAAAUAAGCAGCUGAAGGAGAUUGAUGGGCGUUUUGAAAAGCCUAUUGACCACGGACCACUAUCUGCAUCCUUCCUGGAGAAUGCAGUUCACAUUUGCAAGCAGUACACUGAGCAGGCAAAAGAUGAAGUGCGUUUUUCAGCUGUGGCUCUUAUCAAGGAUGCAUAAUAUUUUCAAUGUCAGGCUUCUCACAGUUCU